AUGUUAUUAGAUUGGCUCAGUCUCAUCCGCUUUCUUCCUCCAUUCCUUCAAUUAUUCAGUCGCUUCUUACCCACACUUGCUGGACCCGGUCACUUUGAAAGCAUUUCGCCGAAAGUGCCGCCGGAUGCAGUUCGGUAUUAUGUCCCAGGUCAUUUGCCUAGCGAGGAACCAUACCGUAGCAUGAAUGUCACUUGUGUCAGUUUCAGUCCGGAUGGCGAUGAACUGUUGGUUAAUCUGGGCGGCGAUCAUAUUUACCUGUUCAAUCUCAAUCACUACCGUGCCCCAUUCACGUGUUCUCAAAAUCAUUCGUCGGUUGCAUCGAACACAACGGAUCAUCGACGGGGUUUGCUGUUUCAGGCAUCUCGUUCCGAUCGACGUCUUUGUCCAAGUGCUCAUUGUUUAUACAAUUGCCCUCUUUCCGAUUCAGAACGAAACUAUACUGAUGACACGGUCUCCGUAUCUCCCCAAUGUGAUCGUUGUUCUACCGUAGAUCAGGCUUCUGCCCAAGCUGCCUGUCUAGUCAAAGCUAGGGCUUUCGUUGCAGCUGUUCGUGCCUACAACGAAUUGAUUAGAAAAUGGCCCGAAGAACCGCAACUGUACACCGGUCGUGCAACAGCCCUACUCAAACGAAACUGGUAUGUGGUUAUUAUUAUUUUGUCUAUUUCGUAG